CUGUACCCACGAUUCUUUCUUCCGAAGAACUCGUCUUCCUCUGACUACAAGCAGUCCACGCGCUCGCUUCCCCUUUGCCCCCAACGAAGCCUCGACCCACGACCGUCUUCCCCCUACCGGCGCGCCUCCGCCUGACCGCCUCCGCUUAUCCUCCGCACCGCGCGGCCACCGCCGGCACCAUCCCGUCUCGCCGGGGAGCUCUUCCAACAUCUGCAGCCUUCCCUGCUCCUCCGGCGCGCAGCCCUACCGGAGAUCCGGGGGGGUUUCCUCUUCCCAAUCCCGUGAUCGCAUCCCGUUCCAGUUCUUGACUCAUCGCGUCCGCUCUGUGGCUAUAAAAUAUCGUCAGCAGGUCUUCUGGGGGCGUUGCGAUUCAGGGUCCCUGGAUUAGUUGGUGCCGGCGGCGGGGCGGUGAUGAAUACGAGGCCGGUGGUGCUGGUCCUCCUCCUGGUCGUCCUCAUCAUCACGUCGCAGUUCGAGUGGAAGCAGCAGAUCGAGGACGCCGCCGACGCCGACCCCGCCACUGCGCGGCGGCGGCAGCAGGUUCUCGCUAAGGAGGACGCCGUCAAGGAGAAGAUACUAUUAUCUCAGGAGAAAAACAUUCAACAGCUCAAUGAGCUUAUUGAGAGCCUUCAGCGGCAGCUACUGCAUUGCCGGGGUAGCAACAGUACCGUCCAUACCGCUACAAUUGCUGCCACCAAAGUUAGUGAGGUGGAGGCGGAGGAAAACAUUGAUGAUUAAUACUCUAGUAGAUAAACUCUUCCCAUGUGGUUCUUUGAUUCUAGUACAGCAGCAAAAGAGCAAGGGUUAACCAGGCACUGUACUCUUUGUGUCUAAUGGGGGAACAAAUCGUGCUUUAAUCUACCGUCUUGUAUACGCUGCUAAGGCCUUCCCUCCUAAGUGUAAUUUGUAGUAUGUUCUUUUUAUAUCACGGCUACUAAUUCAAUUGGAAAGUUAUUGAUCAUUCUUUGUUGUGA